AUGCCCCUACUCAAUGUAGCAGAAACGCCUAAUGACCUGUUUCUCAUACUGGAGUAUGCGCCGGGGGGUGAUCUAUACGAUUACGUGGAGAAAGAAGGGGCUGUACCGGAGAAGAAAGCCAAGAAACUCUUCUGUCAGAUACUGUCAGCGGUCCUCUACUGCCACCAGCUGAAUGUGGCACACAGAGACAUAAAGCCAGGUAGGUAA